CUGAUGGACACAAGUGAGGCCCAAGGAGAGCUGGGCUGGUUGCUGGACCCCCCAGAGGAUGGGUGGAGUGAGGUCCAGCAGAUGCUGAAUGGGACACCCCUGUACAUGUACCAGGACUGCCCAGUGCAGGAAGGUGGAGACACUGACCACUGGCUGCGCUCCAAUUGGAUCUACCGAGAAGAAGAAGCUUCCCGGGUCCACGUAGAGCUGAAGUUCACUGUGCGAGACUGCAAGAGUUUCCCUGGGGGAGCCGGGCCUAAGGGGUGCAAGGAGACCUUCAACCUUCUGUACAUGGAGAGUGAACAGGAUGUGGGCAUUCAGCUCCGACGACCCUUGUUCCAAAAGGUGACCACGGUGGCUGCAGACCAGAGCUUCACCAUUCAAGAUCUAGCAUCUGGCUCCGUGAAGCUCAAUGUGGAGCGCUGCUCCUUGGGCCAUCUGACCCGCCGCGGCCUCUACCUUGCUUUCCACAACCCUGGUGCCUGUGUGGCCCUAGUGUCUGUUCGUGUAUUCUACCAGCGUUGUCCUGAGAUUGUACAUGGCUUGGCACGGUUCCCUCAGACUCUUCCUGGACCUGGGGGGCUGGUAGAAGUGUCUGGGACCUGUUUGCCCCAUGCACAGACCAGUUCCGGGUCCUUGGGUGCACCACGCAUGCACUGUAGCCCUGAUGGUGAGUGGCUGGUGCCCGUGGGCCGAUGCCACUGCAAGCCUGGCUAUGAGGAAGGCAGCGGCAGUGCAGGAUGCAUUGUCUGUCCAAGUGGCUUCUACCGGACUGAUAUGGACAUAGCCCACUGUCUCAAGUGCCCCCAGCACAGCACGGCCGAGUCCGCGGGAGCCACCGUCUGUACCUGUGAGAAGGGCCAUUACCGGGCCCCUGGGGAGGGCCCCCAGGUAGCAUGUACACGACCCCCAUCGGCUCCCCAAAACCUGAGCUUCUCUGCAUCGGGGACUCAGCUCUCCUUGCGCUGGGAACCCCCUGCCGACAUGGGGGGACGGCAAGACGUGAGAUACAGUGUGGAGUGUUUCCAGUGUCAGGGUACAGUGCAGGACGGAGGGCCCUGCCAGCCCUGUGGGCCAGGAGUGCGCCUCCUCCCCGGGGCUCUGGGGCUCACGGUGCGGACUGUGCGUGUUCAAGGCCUUGAACCGUACGCCAACUACACCUUUCACGUCAAAUCCCAAAGCAAAGUGUCCGGCCUGGACGGCUCCCAGCCUGCCAGUGCCUCUCUCAGCAUCAACAUGGGGCAUGCAGAAUCGCUCUCAGGCCUGUCUGUGAGGCUCGUGAAGAAAGAACCAAGGCAGCUGGAGCUGAGCUGGGCAGGGUCUCGAUCCCGCAAUCCCGGUGGAAACCUGAGCUACGAACUGCACAUCCUGAACCAGGAUGAAGAAUGGCACCAGAUGGUUCUAGAACCCCGGGUGUUGCUGACAAAACUGCAGCCAGACACCACAUACAUCGUCAGAGUGCGAAUGUUGACUCCACUAGGCCCCGGCCCUUUCUCCCCCGACCAUGAAUUUCGGACCAGCCCACCAGUUUCCAAGAGCCUGACUGGAGGAGAGAUUGUGGCCAUCAUCUUCGGGGUACUGCUGGGUGUAGCCCUGCUGCUUGGGAUUCAUUUCUUCCGAUCAAGGAGAAACCAUCGGCAGCGACAGCAGAGACAACGUGACCAUACCAUGGAUGCCGAUCGAGAGGACAAGCUGUGGCUGAAGCCCUAUGUGGAUCUCCAGGCCUAUGAGGACCCUGCACAAGGAGCCCUGGACUUCACCCAAGAGCUCGACCCGGCCUGGCUGCUUGUGGACACGGUCAUAGGGGAAGGAGAGUUUGGGGAAGUCUACCGUGGGACCCUGCGGCUCCCCAGCCAGGACUGCAAGAUGGUGGCCAUUAAAACCUUGAAGGACACAUCCCCCGAUGGCCAGUGGUGGAACUUCCUUCGAGAGGCCACCAUCAUGGGCCAGUUCAACCACCCACACAUUCUGCACCUGGAGGGCGUCAUCACAAAGAGAAAGCCUAUCAUGAUCAUCACAGAGUUUAUGGAGAACGGAGCCCUGGAUGCCUUCCUGAAGGAACAAGAGGACCACCUGGUGCCCGGGCAGCUGGUGGCCAUGCUGCAGGGCAUAGCAUCUGGCAUGAACUACCUCGGUGACCACAAUUACGUCCAUCGGGACUUGGCUGCCAGGAACAUCUUGGUGAAUCAGAACCUGUGCUGCAAGGUGUCUGACUUUGGUCUCACCCGCCUCCUGGAUGACUUUGAUGGCACCUACGAAACCCAGGGAGGAAAGAUCCCCAUCCGCUGGACAGCCCCAGAAGCCAUUGCACAUCGCAUCUUUACCACCGCCAGCGACGUAUGGAGCUUCGGGAUUGUGAUGUGGGAGGUGCUGAGCUUUGGGGACAAGCCCUACGGAGAGAUGAGCAACCAGGAGGUGAUGAAGAGCAUCGAGGAUGGGUACCGGCUGCCCCCUCCUGUGGAUUGCCCUGCCCCUCUAUAUGAACUCAUGAAGAACUGCUGGGCGUAUGACCGUACCCGUCGACCCCACUUCCUCCAGCUGCAGGCACAUCUGGAGCAAUUGCUUACAGACCCCCACUCCUUGAGGACCAUUGCCAAUUUUGACCCCAGGGUGACUCUCCGCCUGCCUAGCCUGAGCGGCUCUGACGGAAUCCCUUAUCGAAGCGUCUCUGAGUGGCUGGAGUCCAUUCGCAUGAAGCGCUACAUCCUGCACUUCCGCUCGGCCGGGCUGGACACCAUGGAGUGUGUGCUGGAGCUGACAGCCGAGGACCUCACCCAAAUGGGAAUCACGUUGCCAGGGCACCAGAAGCGGAUACUUUGCAGUAUUCAGGGGUUUAAGGACUGAGUGGCCACUGUGGACACCUCAGCCCUCCCCCUGCCCUCAGGGAGCAAGGAUGGGGCCAGGGUCACUCCUUGGGCCCUUCCUCAACCUACAAGAUGUAGGCUAUUUGGUGCUGCUCCUACCUACUCUUCCAGGACUCUGCCUCAGGACCCGGGAGCCUUUGUUUUGUUUUGUU